AUGAGCUUCCUCUUCGGCAAGCGGAAGACCCCAGCUGAGCUGCUGCGGGAGAACAAACGUAUGCUAGAUAAGUCCAUCAGGGAGAUCGAGAGGGAGAGGCAGGGCCUGCAGACUCAGGAGAAGAAGCUCAUCGCUGAGAUCAAGAAGGUGGCCAAGCAAGGACAGAUGGGAGCUGUAAAAGUUAUGGCCAAGGACCUUAUUCGCACAAGGCAUCAGAUCACGAAAUUUUAUGCCCUGAAGUCCCAGUUGCAAGGUGUAUCUCUUCGUAUUCAGACCCUGAAAUCAACACAAGCAAUGGGAGAAGCCAUGAAGGGCGUCACAAAAGCCAUGUCACAGAUGAACAGGCAGAUGAAUCUACCAGCACUCCAGAAGAUAAUGCGGGACUUUGAGAUGCAAAAUGAGAAGAUGGAAAUGGUCAGCGAGGUUAUGGGUGAUGCCAUCGACGAUGCCUUGGAGGGUGAUGAGGAGGAGGAAGAAACAGAAGAGCUAGUUAGCCAGGUCCUCGAUGAAAUCGGCAUCGACAUCAACUCUGAGCUUGUCAAGGCCCCGGCUACCGCAGUCGCCAUGCCGGUUGCAGCGGGAAAAGCGCCUGUUCAAGCUGAAGCUGCGGGCGGGAUGGACGGUGGAAUAGAUGAUGACUUGCAGGCACGGCUUGAUAACCUGAGGAAGAUGUGA